AUGGUUUUACAGAUGAGCCCCCGGUCCCUGAAAAGUAUGCACCUCACAUGUGUGAGGUUCCGUGGGGAAAUAGAUUUCUGCAGGCUAAUGUCGGAUUGUUCUAUUCUUAACGAUCUCUCCUUGGAUAGCGUUACCACUGACCCCCGCUAUGGUUUCCGUUUUGAUCACCCUUGCUCUUCUUUAUUCACCAUAUCGGUCCCUUCUCUCGAGAGAUUGGAGAUAAAAGAUUAUACUUCGGUUCGCACUUAUCCUAGCAAUAAGUCUAGAUUCAAGAUAAAUGCUCCUUCUUUGAAGUACUUAGAGGUAUACAUCAACGGUAGCAAUUUCGAGUUUUAUGAGGAUCUGCACAACUUGGUGGAGGCUAGUCUCCAUGUUGAUUAUUCUCAAACUGACAAGCUUCUCAGAUUUCUUACUUCUGUGGAGUUUCUUUCCAUAAAUUUAUAUCCUACCAAGGUUCUGCUUCUUGCGGAUACAAUUUCUCAGCGGCUUCGUCAUCUGAAACUAUCUACUUACGGAAAAAUGUCACGUAAUCUGCUUCUGCAUUUGCUCAAACAUUGCCCUAAACUUCAAGUUCUCACGCUCCAGGAGAUACAUUGGAGAAUAAAAUGGCCUGUUUCUCCGCAUACGAGGUGUAAAGCCGAAGAGUUCAAGGAUCCACCACCUUUGUUCUCUAAUCCGAGCUCGGUUCCUGAAUGCUUGUCCUUCCAUCUUAAAACUUUUGGAUGGAAAUGUUACAAAGGAACAGAGGAAGAGAAAGAAAUCGUUCUUUACAAACCGCUGAGAUCUCUGUAUAUUCAGGUGGUCGUUCCGGGGAGAAACGGCUGCUGA